UGCAGUGUCGUCGAGAGCUAUUUCGGUCGUCGGUUAACAUUUAUUUCGAGCGUAUUCCCAGUGCCGUGACCCACUGUCAUGCUUUGUAUUCCAAAUCGGUUCCCUGUACCUGCAUUGUUUAUUUUUAACUGAACCAACCCAAACAAAAUGUUAACUGCAAAAAUAUAACACGCUAGGCGCUAUGACUAGUUCUUGAAUAUUUGUAAAAUAUGGUAGUCAACAAACAUGGGUGCUAAGCAGAGCAAGCGCUCAGUCGAUAUAAGCGGCAAGGAGUCGGAAGGAGCCGGCGAAGUUGCAGCGGCCGGCGCGGGGGGCGAAGGCAGAGUCGAGGCACUCGGCGAUGCAGAUGCGCUCAAACCCCAGCUGAAUGGCGACGCACAUAUUCACGAACAGACAGACAAAGAGAAACAACUCGAUAGUGGCACACCUGAAAAUGAAAAGGACGCGACCACUGAGAAGGAAGGGAAGCAGGAAGACUCCGACAAGGAGAAGGCCGAGACUCCCGUGACGAAUGGCGACGGCGAGGAACAGAAAACGGAGAAUGGAGACACCACACCCACUCCUGAAGAUGCGAAAAAACCCAAAAAAGAGAAGGUGAAGAAGAAAUGGUCGCUGAGGUCGAUCAGUUUCAGCAGAAAGGACAAACCCAAGCAAGAAAAGAAGCAAAAAGAAGAGGAACCGAAAACAAAUGGUGAACCUGAAAAAGUACCUGAGGAGGCGGCUGAAGUAGUCCCUGAACCGGUAGCAACCGAAGUUCCAGAGGUGAAAUGUGAAGUCGAAGCUAAGGAUGAGAAAACUCCCGAAACUCCCGUCACUGAACCUAUCACAAAUGGAAGCAACACACCCGAGUCACCGAAAGAAGAAAUACCAAUGGCUGAAGAAUCAGCUCCUGUCGCGAGCCCCGAAUCCGACAAAACUGAGGAAGCACCCAAACCUGAAGCGGAGCCAGAACAGCUGCCCGUCAAUGGGCUGUCUCUAGAAGAGAAAACUGAAGCGCCUGAGGUUCCAAAGGUCGAAGAAAGUCAACCUGAUGAAUCUCCUGCUGAAUCUACUGAAACCGCUCCUGCUGUUGAAAUUCCUGUCCAAAAAGAGGAGCAAACCCUACCUAGCGAGACAGCUGAUAAAGUAGAAGAAGCUAUUACCAGUUCUCCUGUUGAUGAGAAGGAAUCAUCAUCUUUAAACACGAAUAAUGAAUGUGAUGUUCUCAAGGAUCAAACGGAUAACGCUUCUAACGUAAUAGAAGAUCUAGAAAAUAAUGUCGUCAAUGAUUCCGACAAACCAGAAGAUGUUUGCAAAAUCACACCAAACCAGGUGGCAUCGGAGGAUACUGCUGAAGAGAGUGAAGUUCAAGAUAAUGCGGAAUCACCCGUCGAGCCCGUGUCCGAAUCUCCCGUAAUCGCUACACCUGUGCCGGAAUCGGUAACAGAAUCGCCAACCACCGAAGACUUGCCGCCUCCUCCUCCGAUGGAUGACGUUAUCGAUGUAGUAAAAACAGAAGUCUCAGUGGAACAAAUCGAAACUUCCGAGCAAGAAGUGACGCACCAACCGAAAGAGAUCGUAGUCAACAGCAAUUACUCGAACGACGUCACCGAAACGAACCAUUUAAUCGACGACGAAACACUCAACGGCAACGAGGAGACGGAACACGAAAACCUAAAGAACAAAAUAAAAGAUUCUCUCGGCAACGUGAUCGAGAGCAUCGAGUGCAACGGCAAUACCGAUGAGGCGGCCACCGAGACCGCGGCCCCGGCGAAGAGCUCGCCCGAGGAGUCGCUGCCGCCGUCGCCGUCGGAGGGGGAGGGGGAGGCGGGGGCGGAGGCGUCGGACUCGUUCCCGGCGCCGCCCUCCGACGCCACGCCGCCCGAGCCCGACUGCGCACAGGAAUCGCUGCCAAUGUCAGACAAAAUCGCUGAGUUGAUCCCGGAAGUUCCUGUCGUGCCCGAGCUAAAAGCUGAAACGGAGUCGGCGGUGGUGGCGGCGCAGUAGGCGGCGGCGGCGGCACGCGGUGUCUUUGAAAAUGAGCCUUUAAUUUAUUUCUGUUUAGUACUACGGUGUGAUAUCGAACCUAGUUCGAUUGCUAAUUUUACAUUGUCAAAGAUGUGGAUUUCGGUUCCAAAUGUGACUCCAUAUAGAAGAUUGUAGUAUAAGUUUAGCGUGCUUUUGCUUUUGUAAAAUUAAGAUUUUAUACAUUUUUAUUCGCUAGGAUCGAGUUUUUUUAUAAUUAUAUACAGUAAAAGUUAUAUAGACAGUAUACGGUGCGAUAAGUUGGUGCCAUUAUUACAGGGGUUAGUUUGUCGUCGCAUGUUGUUCGCUCUUAAAUUACGAAUUGUUCAUUUCGAAAUAUGUUAUUAAUUGUUCAGCGAUUGAUAAUUUAUUUUCAAAAUGUGGCGUAGCAAUAUCUCCCCUUAGGAUAUUUUAGAAUAUAUUGGGUUCAUUAUAUUUAUCACAAACUUGAAAAUUCGACAUCUCAGUUAGUUAUUAUGCGUUUCGGGCAAAGUCCGUAUCAGGGUUGAGUUGAAAAGCAAAUAACGUGACAGUACAUACAGUAUUGACAGUUUCCGCUAGUUGUAAGUCAAGGUAAAAGACAAAGCAAUACGUAACUAUGUUCAUUGAAUGUUUUCAAUGCGUACUGUUCACUGAGAUAUCAAACCCAGCGAUUUCGUAGUUCUUUUUUAAAUGUCUUAAUUAUGCUGUAUGAAAUGGCACCGCAAUAUGUCGAUGCACACCAAGUGCAGCCCUUCUAAUUAUGCGAAUAUCUUUAAAACCUUAUUAAUAUUAUGAGCCCAGAAAUUGAUUGAUGGAUGUUUUAAAGAGCUGGCCACGCGAGGCGGCUGUUGUAAAUAAUUGCACAAGCUAUGUGCAUGGAGACUAUGAUUCGUACGCCCACCCGGGAGAUGUUAGGCUUUUUGGUUGGAAAAGCUGAUAACAUGAGUUUAUAUUUUCACUAGUAUUGAAUACCACUGGACGAUGAUACUCGUAUCAUCGGCUUUAAGUAGUUCAAGGACUUAUUAUAAUGUAUAUAUGAAUAAUUGAGUAUUUUCUGUUACUUGUAUGUCAAAUAUUUGAUAUUAAAUUUGUAUUCUGUAAAUUGUUAAAAUGAAGAAAAACAUCAAUUUAAUUUUAUCUCAUUGUGUUAAUUAAUUUUUCUUUUGCAGUUUUACGGAUUUAAUUUUAUUCAUUUCUUAUGAAUAAUUAUUGAUAAGUUGUAUAAAUUAAGAUUUUUAUUAAUUGGCUCUCUCUAUGAACUCAUGUAAUUUAAAUUAGCUGUUGGUAAGGGAUUUUACGUGAGACAUGUAAGGUUUGAAUCUAACGAAAAUCUCCAAGUAAGUCAUCGUGUCAAUUUGGCGACGGAUGAGAUGACAUUAUAAAGUAACUAUUGGAUAGAAAUUUUCUUACAAUUUUGGACUAUAUCAGUGGCCAAGUUUUUUGAAUAAUUAUUGAUAUACAAUUUUUAUGCAUAUACAGACAUAAUUAUAUUGUAACAUUUAGAUUUUGUAGCAUGUGUAACAAGUUAGUAAGGCAGCUAAGUACCUACAGCUGCUAAUUAGUAUAUCGGACUCCACCUCAUACAUACGAUUAGAUGAUUCAUAAGGUUUGAUAAUACUAUACAUUAAUGUGUAUUUUUUGUGUCCAGAAAUUAUGUGAGUUUCAUAAUCAUUUUUGUAAUUUUAUACAUUUUUUAAGAAAUUUGAAGUGACACAUCUGCAUGACUGGGGAAAAUAAUGUUUAGCAGUAAAAUGAGUGAGACAUUCCAUAUCAAAUGCUGAAGAACAUGUACAUUAAUCCAAUGUUUGCUAGUAGCCGUUUCUCAGCGCCUGAUAGUUGGACUUAGCUUUAGUAAUUUAAUGAAUUAUGGCUUAAUUUAAAUAAAUCUGAUGUGUGUAAUUAAAACAUGAGUGUUUUCCUCAUGCUAACAUGUAUUAAUAAUAUCAUUUUUACUUUAUGUUUAAUGAAUUAAUGUCCAAGCAUUAUGAUUCCUCGGUAGCUCCAGCAUUCUGUAUUAUUUGUUUGUGAUGUCCUCCUUAGGUAUCUGAGAUGAUUGUGUAAACAUAAUUUUGCUCACUAUAGCUAUUUAAAAUUGUAUAUGAUAAAAUAUAUGUUAUUCCAAUUUUAUUAAACUUGAUGUUGAUGUGUGAAUGUCUCUAAUCAAUAAAUUUUAAAAUUCAAAACA